GAUAGCACGAAAUUCUUCGCAAUUGGCUUCUUCCCUAAUUUGCUCACAACAUCACCACAUCGUUCGAUCGGAACCCUAGAAAUUGUUAUCUCCGAUCCACGACCACCAAUGGCAGAGCCUCUCGACAUGAGCUUAGAUGAUAUCAUCAAGAACAACAAGAAAUCCGGCUCCUCAAACUUCAGAGCUCGUGGCGGAGCUUCUUCUGGACCAGGUCCUUCUCGCCGCUUUCGCAAUCGUGGUCUUAAUAGAGCAACGCCUUAUUCUACUUCCAAGGCGCCCGAGACGGCUUGGUCACACGACAUGUUUGUAGAUCACGGUGCGGCUUAUCCUUCACAUCCUCCACGGGCUUCUGCUAUUGAAACUGGCACCAAGCUUUAUGUUUCUAAUUUGGAUUAUGGUGUCUCCAAUGAAGAUAUCAAGGAGCUGUUUUCUGAAGUUGGUGAUGUCAAACGGUAUUCUAUCAAUUAUGAUAAAAGUGGGAGAUCGAAGGGAACAGCAGAGAUUGUUUUUUCACGACAAGCAGAUGCUCUUGCUGCUAUAAAGAGAUAUAACAAUGUUCAGCUGGAUGGGAAGCCCAUGAAGUUGGAGAUUGUUGGCACUAACAUCGUUACACCUGCUGUGCCUGCUCCUUCAAAUGCUAGUUUUGGGAAUCCUAAUGGAUUUCCGAGAGGUUUUGAAAACAUCAGCAUCAGAUCAAACAUCAAAUAUUCAAUUUCAACAACUUGUCAACAUAUGUAGUGUGACAUAGAGGUGGUAUUGUUCUUGUAACACUAAGGAUGUAGUAAAUAGUAAUCAAUAUGAUGUGCGUCCAACAGUUUUUAUUUCUCAAGUUUGCAUUUUAUGGCAUGUAAUUAGCUGCUUCCUACACUUCAUAGAUAUACUUUUUAACAACUGUGAGUGUCUGCCUACUUAUUCACACCUUGGCUGGUACUUUAAAAAACCACAUGAAUCUACUUUAUUGUUGGAAAACUGCAUAUUGUUGUCUUCAGGUAUUUGAGUCUACAACUCGUCUAUUUGAUCACCACACUAUACUUUUGUGUACUAAAAACUUACAAGAUUUCUAUUCGAGUUUUCCAAUGAAUGACAUUAAGGGUUCUAGUUCUACCACAGUAUGCAAGAAAUAAGAACUUAAUUUGGAUCUCUUCUUUUGAAGAACUUAUUUUGAUUCCUUCUUUUGCAUGUCAAACCUUUUAGUUAAUAGUAUAGAUAAUGAUAACUUGGAUUGUUUAAUGACCAAGUUUGUUGAAUUGAAGGUGAAAGAUUUCAGGGUGCAAUAAAGAAGUUUUUUUGUGGCAUUGUCAAGGGUGUGCUAUUUUGUGUGGCACGAAGGAGGAAUAGCAAAAUUUUAGAGGUCUUGAGAGGCCUUCAGUGAUGUUUGGGCCUUUCAGGUUUAGCAUCUCUUUGUAGGUUUUGGUGAUGGUGACAAAGUGUUUUGUGUAACCCUUAGGUCUUCUCUUACUUGAUCAGAGGCUCUUUCUUUAGUGUGCUUUCUUUUUUUCUUCUGGGCUCUUUUUUAUAUGCCCUUGUAUUCUUUCAAUUUUUUUCUUAAUGAAAGUUCAUUUUUUAAUUUUUAAAAAAAAAAAAAAAAAAAAAAAAAAAACUUGAAAGAAAAAUGAUAAUAGUUUGAGUAUAGAAUUGUUUGCUGCUUGAACUUUUAAGGUAAACUCAACUAGAUACCUUUGCAUUACCCCUUAAAAGUAAGGGCAAUAUGCUUAAUUGAAGUUACUGUGAUGGUUUUGUUUCUAGGCGCUGAAAGUCCUGUUUGAUUAGUUUUGUCCUAGUGAACCUAUCUUAUUGAAAGAUUUAGGGGAGAUUGGUUGCGAGAAUGAUAGAUGAUGCAAAAUUUAGUAUUAUGUCAUAGAUCUGGAGUUAAGUGGAAGUUGAAUGUGGUGUUGUCAAGUCUUCAAAUUUUUUAUAUAUAUUGAAUGAAAUUGCUGUAUUCUACGCUUUUCAUUCAAUUUUGAUUGCUUUUAUUUAUUCUCUUAAUUGGCAUACA